AUGGCCAACUCUACAGAAACAGCUUUGGAAGGCCUCCCACGGCUUCCAAUCAUCAGCCAAGCUUCCAAGGCUGAAACCUCCCGACUGACCCCAUUGUCUGCAGUUGCACCCUCUCGCUUUCUUCCACUACUUAAACAUUCUAGGGUGCAAGUUCAUAUGCCUCUGGACACAAUCCAUGAGGAAGAACCAGCGGACAAUAUUAAUAUUAUUGUUGAGAAUAAUCCUGAGAUAAACUGUUCUCUCCCUCAGGCUUCUUCACCGGCAUCGUCACUCUUGUCGUUGCCGUCGACAUGCUUCCUGCAAGUGAUGAACAAACCUUUGUCGUCGUACAAUCACACUAGUUCAAUUGCAUGCCAUGGCCAGUACUGUGCUUAG